AUGCCCACGCAUCCAGCGCUGUCCUUCCGGCCUGGAUCGAUCGUCCGUGUUGCAUGCGAGCACUUUGUCACAUAUGACGCGGUCGAGUUCCGGCCCGGGCCGCACCUGAAUAUGAUUGUGGGGCCCAACGGCACAGGGAAAAGCACGGUCGUGUGUGCUAUCGCCCUGGGCCUGGGAUGGAAGCCGAGCGUGCUAGGACGCGCCAAGGACGUCGCAUCGUACGUCAAACUCGGCCACUCGCAGGGAUGGGUCGAGAUCGAGCUUCAAGGGACCGAGUCCAAUGUGACCAUCCGUCGCAUCCUGUUUCGCGAGUCGAACACGAGCGAUUGGAUGCUGCAAGGCGUACCUGCGUCAGCUCGCCAAGUCCAUCAGGCCGUGUCCCAGUUCAAUAUCGAAGUCGGCAACCUCUGUGCCUUUCUUCCCCAAGACCGCGUCGCAGACUUUGCGGCCAUGACGCCAUCCAAGCUCCUGCAAGAUACCCAGCAUGCCGCAGGUCACGCCCAACUGUCGGAAUGGCACGCCCAGCUCAUCGAUUACGGCCAUCAACGCGCCGCUCUCGAUGCACGGCUUGAGCAAGAGCAAAAAGAACACGAUCAUCUAGAAGAACGCAACGCCGUUCUGGAGCGCGAUAUCCGCCGCUACGAAGAACGGCUCGAUUUGGAGAAACGCGUCGCUGCCCUGCAAGUACGCAUCGUCUUUGCACAAUACUACGACGUCAAGGCACAGUACGAUGCAGCGCGCGCUAAGCGCGAAGAAGGAAAACGCGCCUUGGAGCGCCUCCUCCAGGACCAAGCGCCCUUGGAGCGCGCCGUCGAGCUGGCGAACGAAAAGCUGGAAAAGGCCCAAGUCGUGAUGCAGACGCACAAACGCGAAGCGGACGAAGCGCAUACUGCGAUUUUGCGCCUCACAGCCUCGCGCGAGGAGCUCGAUACGACGCUGGCGUCGUUGACAGAACAGGAAAAGCAGCUUGAAGCGCAUGACGCAGAACGACACGCCGCCAUCGAGGACAUGCGUACAAAAAUAGCCGAAAUGGAGCGGAUCAUCGCUUCAGAUACGCCGCCCGGCCCCCUCGAGCCGCUUGACGGCCAACUUCGCAGUCGUAAAGCCGAGCAUCGCGUGGCCUGUGACGAAUUACACGAUAUGGAUACCCAAUGCCUAGAGCUACGAACGAGGCAACAACGUCUGUCCUCUCAAAUGGACGAGGCACGUCGGUCGCUUGAUGCAGUCGACACGGCCCGGCAUAGGCGCCUACAAAUCAUGGCUCGGGCUGAUCGUGAUACGUUCGAGGCCGUGCAAUGGCUCGAGCAUCAUCAGGACUUGUUUGAGCGGACAGUGCAUGAGCCCGUCCUCUUGAUCCUUCAAAUCACGCGCCCCGAAGCGGCACGGGCCAUCGAAACAUGCUUAAGCUGGCCCGUACAGCGCACCUUUGUGUGUGAGACGCGUGCCGAUUACGACCUAUUCACUCGCGAGCUCAUUGAUAAGCGCAAAUGGCGUCUGAAUGUGGUGGAGCUCGAGUCGACUCGGUCUACGUAUACGCCUCCGAUUCCGCCGAGUGACCUAGCUGCCCUCGGCUUUGAUGCGUAUGCCAUGGACUGCGUCGAUGCACCAAACGAAGUACUAAAGUACCUGUGCAGUGCUUCCAAUCUUCACGCUAUCCCCAUCUCAUUUCGCGGAGACCGCGUGCGACCGCAGGACAUGGAACAGUACCGCGCCAUUCGGCGGUAUAUCGUCGCUGAUACCGUGUUUACCACAACCUACUCCAGCUACGGUCGAAAACUGCCACAGACCAUGUCGCGUGUCCUCAAGCCAUUGCGCAACUUUGCCUACCAGCAAGACUCGUCAGAACGCGAGCGUGCAGAGGAAAGCAUGACUUCCUACCAACGCCAACUAGAUCAUCUCCAAUCUGAGCUGGAGCGUAGGCAGCAUGAUCGAACGCAGCAUGCUCAGCACUGCGACGCACUCGCUCAAGAUCUCGCUCGCAUCAAGGAUGCGCACCACGAGCUCUAUACCAAGCACCGCGAAUGGGAACGACGGGAAGCCAAAAUAGCCGCGCAACGCGCCAAUCUUGCUCAAGAAGAGGCCAAACCAUCCAUCACUAUCCAGCGCCGCCGUAUUCAUGCUGAGCGACACAAACUGGCAUGUGACAUGGCCAAAAUUUCCGAGCGUCUCUGUCGGUGCCUCUUGUCCAUGACACGCGCCAAUGCCUCGUCAGAUGUACACGGACUAGCCAUGCUGCAUGUGUAUGCGGACGUCGAAGCGUGUCGAGCCACGCUGCGCGAACACAGGACGCGCGUAGAAGAAGCCGAAACGGCACUACGCUCGGUUCUGGACGACUUCACCGCUGUCAAGUCCCAGACCAAAGAACUACAAGCGCGUGCACAGCAACAAUGGCGGAAUGCUACCGACGAGGUUCAAGCUAUGGUACAAUCACAAGCCGAAGACGAAUCGGUUGCGCAGCUAGAAGCACAGCUCGCGCGUCUUCAGGCCCAACUUGAAGUGCCAUGGGGUGUUGGGCCCAGCGUAUUGGAAACGUUCCGCGAACGCAAAGAAAAGAUCCUUGAGCUCCAACGGUCUCUGGAAGGAGGACGCGCGGAACGAGAAAGGUGCGUCUCGGCUAUGCAGCGCGUAGAAGAACAGUGGCUUCCGGCCCUGGAAACGCUUAUACAGGCCGUAAAUGAGCGCUUUUCCGCUGCGUUUGAUCGGAUGAAGUGUGCAGGCGAAGUUCGACUCGCACGCGAUGCGACCCACUAUGAAAAAUGGGGCAUUGAUAUCCUGGUCAAAUUUCGCGAUACUGAGCGGCUGCAGCUGCUUACUGGACAGCGGCAAUCGGGCGGUGAACGAUCCCUUGCGACCAUCCUAUACCUACUGAGCCUAACAGAGCUCUCACGCACGCCCUUUUCGCUCGUGGAUGAGAUCAAUCAAGGCAUGGACCCACGCGCUGAGCGCGCCGUCCACAGCCAGAUGGUUGCCAUGACAUGCACGCCGGAAGCCGGACAGUACUUUUUGAUCACGCCCAAACUCUUACCUGGACUUGCCUAUCACGAGCUUAUGAAAGUACUUAUCAUCAACAACGGUGAAUGGCUGCCGGAGCGACUGCCGCUGCGCGAAUUGAUUCAGAAGAAACGAGCUGCCGUCGCAGCUGGUCCAUAG